AUGCCUCCCGUACCGUCCAUGACGGCUCUGCACGCCCUCCGAGCCUUAACACGGCUCACGAUUUCGAAACCCAAACCCGGCCUUCCUUUCGCCCGGCCAUCCCGGUCAUUCACGACGUCGCCCUCUCCGUGGAUGACACUGAACCAAGUACGGGCACGGCCUCGGCAGCCCAAGAAAGCCCGACACGCCGUGUCGCCGGCGCUGGCGUCCUUGAAACGACCGGAGAUGAAAGGGGUGUGUCUGAAAGUCGGCAUCACCAAGCCCAAGAAGCCCAACUCGGGCCAGCGCAAGACCGCAAAGGUCCGACUGUCUAGUGGCAGGGUGGUGAGCGCCUAUAUCCCCGGCGAGGGACACAAUGUCCAGCAACACAGUGUCGUGCUUGUCCGAGGCGGAAGGAGUCAGGAUUGCCCCGGGGUGCGCUAUCACCUGGUCCGAGGAGCAUUUGAUUUGGGUGGUGUCCCCAGCCGAGCGACCAGCAGGUCGAAAUACGGCACGAAGAAGCCUAAGACGGAUUAG